AUGCAACGAGUACCUCCGAGCACUGUUAAAGAGGCCUUGGUUAGAGUGGUGAUACCCAAAUAGUCAUCUCAACCCAACAUUUAUCCAGAAUAUAAUAAUUUCUUUCAUAUCCCUCCUAAGUUUCAACAAUCGCGUUUGACUAUCAAACAACCUGUGUCCACUUCCAAAUCAAUUGAAGAGAAACGUUACAAAUAACCCAAAAACAACUUCUCAGAAAACACCAAUAAUCGCACCAACAGUAGUUCCAAAAGUCGUGUUAUGGGCACUAUAUAAUUUGAAGAUGAUUCUCUUCAAUCCUCUCAAAAUGGUUAAAAAUUAAGGAAGAUUGUUGGCGAUAGUCAUCUGUUCUCAACAACUUUGCUUUAACAAUUGUAAUUCAAAUUUCAUUUUAUAGAUCCAAAUAGAAUCUAAAUACCAAUCUCACUAAUGAUUCUCAAAGUCCAGCCUAAAGGAAACCUAAAAAUCAGGAACUGCAUAAUCUUAACACUUAAAUUCAAUCGAUCAUCAUCAAGAAAAAAUAUCAUUCAAAAUGGGAAAUCUAUAAAGAAUAAUUACUAAAAUAAAGCAAUCUAUUGCAUUUGUACAAACAUCAAUUCAUCCAAUCUACUCCUAUCAAUGACAUAUCUAUUAGAAUUAUCAAUAAUUUAUUUGAAAUGAUGAACAAUAUCUCAAUUGAGAUACUGUGUGAAUAAGAAUCAAAGUUCAACGAAAUCAUUGAAAAGAUCAAUCGAGAAAAGGAAUUAUGUUUAAACAAUUACAAAAUUAUUGAAAAAGAAAGAGAUCUCUUGAUUGAUUCAAUUAAUCAACUUAAAUCAUCAAAAUAAUAAUAAUCAACUAAAGCCAUUAAUGCCCUUAAUACCUUUAAUACAUUUAAUACCACUAAUGCUAUUCAAAUUGAUAGUGAGGAUACAGUCUAAUUGAAAGAUAUGCAUAAUGCUAUGCAGAUUAAAUUACAAGAAAUGAGUGAAAAAGAAGCCAAAUUAAUUAAAUUAGUUUUAGCAAUCAAAAGAAGUGGGAUUGACAUUGAAAAAAUAUAUAAUGAAGAAGUACUUAAUGAUGAGAGUGUCCUAGAUUCAGAGAACAAAUUGCAUGGGUUUUAGUAACAUAAUUUUGAAAGAAAUGACAAUGAUGCUGAUAAUUCUAUUGUAAAUGAUUCUGAUGAAUCUAGUUUCUGCUUUCUCAACAGAUUUGAGAAUGAUUCCAUAUUGGAGAGUGUGAGGAAAUUUCAAUACAAAAAUCUCGAAAUAAAAACCAAUGUUGUUAAACUCAAAUUAGAUCUAUCAAAUUUGUAAUAAAAAUCUUAAGCUAAUCAAAUAAAACAUAAUAAAUCAUCGACACUCUAAGCACAUUAAUCGAAGCUUAAGUUACCGAAUAAUUACGGUUCUGUUGGUUUUCAUUAGGAAUUCAUGUCGAGAAUAAAUGAAUUUUCUGAAAGUUGGAGGAUUUAAGCCGAAAAGGAAGAAAAAAAGAAUAAAUCUUGA